AUGGCGCCACCACGUUCCGGCGAUCAUGGUACAUCGGCCAUCAGAGAACUCGUAUCAUCUUCCCUGAAGAAAACUAACAAGAUGAUGAAGAAAGCAACAAACUCCAAGUCAAUUGCAGAGGCUGCCAGUGCCGGCCAUGGUGAAGAAGGUAAAAAGUGGACCACAUUGGUCCACAACGGCGUUUUAUUUCCACCGCUUUACAAGCGUCACGGGGUUAAAAUUCUUUACAAAGGGAAGCCUAUCAAUCUGACUCCUGAACAAGAAGAAGUUGCCACCAUGCCUAUUUACCAGUGGCAUCAGAGGGUGGUGGAGCAGAGGAAACAGAUGAGUAGAAAGGAAAAGAAGGCUUUAAAAGAAGAAAGAGAGGAGAUAGAGGAGAAAUUCAAGUGGGCUAUCAUUGAUGGUGUCAAGGAACAAGUGAACAACUUUAAGGUUGAACCACCUGGUUUGUUCCGAGGUAGAGGAGAGCAUCCAAAGAUGGGUAGAUUGAAGAAACGGAUCCGACCCAGUGACAUGACCAUAAACAUUGGGAAAAGUGCUCCAGUUCCUGAAUGUCCUAUCAUUUAUGGUGGAGAAAGAUGGAAAGAAAUUAGGCAUGAUAACACAGUGGCUUGGUUAGCAUGUUGGAAAGAUCCAAUCAAUCAGAAGGAGAAGUAUGUGAAAUUAGCACCAAGCAGUAGCUUAAAGGGGCGGACCGACAAGGAAAAAUAUGAAAAGGCAAGGAAGUUGAAGGAUUAUAUUCCUGGGAUUAGAGCUGCUUAUACUAAGGAUUUCAGCAGUAAAGAUCCCUUGAAGAAACAAAUUGCGGUUGCCACUUAUCUGAUUGAUAAACUUGCUCUCAGGGCAGGCAACGAGAAGGAUGAAGAUGAAGCUGAAACCGUUGGUUGCUGCACUUUGAAAGUUGAACACGUUGUACCUUUGCCUCCAAACACCUUAAAGUUUGAUUUCCUUGGUAAAGAUUCGAUUCGGUAUCAAAAUCAGGUUGAAGUUGAACCCCUUGUUUUCAAGGCAAUUCAACAGUUCCGAAGUGAUAAAAACCAGGGGAAUAAUGCAGAUCUUUUCGAUUUGCUGGACACCAAUAAAUUGAAUGCUCAUCUAAAGGAACUUAUGCCUGGCCUGAGUGCGAAAGUUUUUCGUACAUACAAUGCAUCCUUAACGUUGGAUGAAAUGUUGAACAAGAAAAUCUCAAAGGGUACCGGAGAUGAUGUGCCAGAGAAGGAGGUCGCAAUCAUCUGCAAUCAUCAACGCGCUGUGUCAAAAUCCCAUGAUGCCAAAAUGUCGAAAUUGGAUGAAAAGAUUGAAGAACUGAAGGAUGUUCUCAAUGAGUUGGAAACGGAUUUGUCCCGAGCCAAAAAGGGGAAGCAACCGGAAUCGUCGUCGACGAUUAACAAGAAGCGGAAGAGGAAUUUAAGCCCGGAAGCGAUUGAGAAGAAGAUGGCUCAAACCAAUGCUAAGAUUGAGAAAAUGGAACGUGACAAGUUGACCAAAGAGGAUUUGAAAACCGUGGCGUUAGGAACUUCGAAGAUCAAUUACCUUGAUCCCAGAAUAACAGUUGCAUGGUGCAAGCGAAACCAAGUUCCAAUCGAGAAGAUAUUCACCAAGUCUCUGUUAGCUAAGUUUGCUUGGGCCAUGGAUGUUGAUCCCAGCUACAGAUUCUAA